UGUACUAGAAACAUUUCUCGAUCAAAAUAAAUUAAAUUCGAGUCAUCGUUUUGAACUGUUUUUCUAGGGUUCCGCAGAACACAGGUUCCUUCUGUUUCCAGUAAGCCAUGAGUCGUCAUCCAGAAGUGAAGUGGGCCGAACGAACCGACAAGAUUUUCCUGACAGUACAAUUGCCGGAUUCUAAGGAUGCAAAAGUCAAUCUUGAUCCAGAGGGAGUCUUUACUUUCUCGGCCAAUGCUGGACCCGAAAACCACCUCUAUGAGCUCAAACUUGAACUUCACGACAAAGUCAAUGUGGAGGCCAGCAAAAUCAAUAUCGGAGUGAGAAACAUAUUUUGUAUCUUGGAGAAAGCAGAGCCAAAACGGUGGGAUAAGCUAUUGCGUGGAGGGAAGCCGCCGCACUAUGUCAAGGUUGAUUGGGACAAAUGGGUGGAUGAGGAUGAGGAAAAGGGCGCUGGUGGUAUGGGAGAUCUGGAUCUGGGUGGAAUGGAUUUCUCGAGUUUCGGUGGUGGUGGAAUGGGUGGACUCGGAGGGAUGGAAGGCUUAGGUGGACUCGGAGGGAUGGAAGGAUUAGGUGGACUUGGUGGGAUGGGAGGCAUGGGUGGAAUGGAUGAAUUUGAGGACAGUGACGGUGAAGAAGAAGUAGCUAAGCCUGAUGAUAUGAAAGACGGGGAAGCGGCUGCAACGGGAGAGGCUAAAUCCGAAGGAAAGACCACUGCGUAGGAGGCGGAUGGCGAGACAAAGAAGACGCAUUAUGGGUCGGUGGGUUUGUCUUUUUUGACGCCAUCCUUUAACCAUGUUCCGAUCUGAUGCUUCGAACUUGGGAGUUUGUCUGAAAAACCCUUUACAGUAAAUCUUCGCUGAAAGGUUCAACAGUUUCUUUAGUCAUGGAAGAAACAAAAGUACCAUUCUGUUUUGUUA